AUGGAGCUGCAAACCGCCAAGAGAUUCCACAACCUGACUCUUGAGCAGGUCCAGGCUCUGGACCGCGUCCUGACGGAGGCGUUUCCCAUCCACGGACGGGGAAACUUCCCCACGCUGCAGGUGAGAGCCAAGGACAUCAUCCGCGUGGUGAAGGAGCGUCUGGCUGAGAGAGACAUCCGGGUGAAAGACGUGCGGCUCAACGGCGCCACUGCCAGCCACGUCUUAGUGAGGGAUAACGGCCUGGGCUGCAGAGACUUGGACAUCAUUUUCGGAGUAGAGCUGCCCAGACAGGAGGACUUCCAGGUGAUUAAAGAGGUGGUGCUGGGCAGCCUGCGAGACCUGCUUCCUUGUGGCGUUAACAGGCGAAAGAUCACCUGCCUGACGAUGAAGGAAGCGUAUGUGCAGAAGAUGGUGAAGGUUUUCAACGAGCACGACCGGUGGAGCCUCAUCUCACUGUCCAACAACCGAGCCAAAAGUUUAGGGCUGAGGUUCGUCAGCUCCUUGCGUCGACAGUUCGAGUUCAGCGUGGACUCCUUCCAGAUCAUAUUGGACCGCGUGCUGGAGUCGUACUGGGAGAGCGACAGGAAGCGAGGGGGGGGUCUGGCAGCGAAAAGAGACGGCGAGGGUGAGACGAAGGAGCGAGAGAACGCCGGCGUUCCUCAGGAUGCGGAGGAGAGCGCUGAAAAGGGCCCGGCGGCGGCGCCGGCGGCCGGUUCAGAGGGUCCAGGCCAGGAUCGGCCCGUUCCCGCGCUCGAGAAAGAGCUUCCAGCGGCAGAGGUGGCGCGCGUCGACGGGACGUAUGAAGCACAGCUGGGGCUGGAGCCGGAGAGCGUUGGGCUACGACAGGAGGGGGUGGAAGUGGAUGCGGCGGAGGAUGUUCAUUCAGGGGAGGACAUCGUGUUGUGUGAGCGCGGGGGAGAGAAAGGCCCGUUUCACCCGGAGGAGCCUUCAGCAUCCAGACCCAGUGCUUUCAGCACAGAGGCCUGCGAUGCGCUGGUGACGCAUCCAGGUCUGAAGCUGCAGAGUGGCGAAGGGCGGCCCAGGCAAGCGUCUGCGGCACAAACGGACCAGCCGGCGCCACUGGAAGUAGUUGGCUGCGAGGAAGUGACUCAUUCCAAAGCAGAUUCAGUGGCGCUCGGCGCUGAGAGCACGCGGAAUGCGCCAGAAUCGGGCCUGGAGUUCUCCUUCCCUCCUCCGGCCAAGAAAACCUGCAGCACGUCCCAGGAUGUCGUUCCAGACUAUUGCCCCGCUCCCAAAUUACAGCGGAAAAUGUCUCGGAAGAUGCUCAACAAGCCGGAGAAGUGGUCUCUGCUGACCGACCUAUCGGACCUCACAACACAGCUGUUCCCGCCCAUCGAGAUCCCGAAACCGCUGCAGCCGAAGCUUCCGUCGGUGGACGGCGCUCCGGGUCAGCGCUCGAGCCAGGCCGCUGCGAGGGCAGACGCGCGUGGGAGCUCGGAGGCCUUCGCAGCUGCCGCUCACGCUCCGGCCCACGCGCUCCAGGACGCGGCCGCCUCAGCGGGCGCCUCAGCGGGCGCCGCGGGCCAAGCCGUGAAGCCCAAACAGCCCAAGAAGCCGCCGGACGCGGAGGUCCCCCCACGCGCGGCCUCGCGGCCUCGGGUCGAGGAGCAGAGCCGGGCGCCGCCGGACACGGCGCCCGAGGACUGUGGGAGGAGCCCGUGGGCGGCGGCGGCGGCGGGGGGCGGGGCCUCCGCCAUCACGGUGGAGGCCGAGUGCAUGUACGGGGACUUCCAGCAGGCCCUGGACCACCUCCGGCGCCGGCUCAUCGCCACCCACAACCCCGAGGAGAUCCGCGGCGGCGGCCUGCUCAGAUACAGCGACCUGCUGGUGAGGAACUUCCGGCCGGCCAGCGAGACGCAGAUCAAGUCGCUGGAGCGCUACAUGUGCUCGCGCUUCUUCAUCGACUUCCCCGACGUGGGCGAGCAGCAGCGCGAGGUCGAGGCCUACCUGCAGUGCCACUUCGUCGGCAGCGAGGAGGCCGGCAAGUACGACUACCUGAUGACGCUGCGGCGCGUCGUCGACGAGAGCACCGUGUGCCUGAUGGGCCACGAGAGGCGGCAGACGCUCAACAUGAUCACGGUGCUGGCGCUGCGGGUUCUGGGGGAGCAGAACGCCAUCCCCAACACGGCCCACGUCACCUGCUUCUACCAGCCGGCGCCGUACGUGGCCGAGCCCAUCUACAGCAGCUACUUCGUGACCCCGGCGCCGCCGCCGCCGCCGCUCGUCUACCACCCCUACCCGCUGCACGUGCACGUGCAGACCGGCCUGGUGUAGCUCAAUCAACAGGGCGCCGCGUUGUUCCAGUGCUUUGAACCCCCCCCUCCCGCUUGCGACGUGAAAGGGUCCGAGCCGACAGGGCUCCAGAGGCGACGGACCAUAAAGACUUCUGAAAAGAGCCCACUCUCCUCACAGCGAGCGGAGGCGGAGGGCCGUGGUUUACGGCUCCGUCUGCCCGAUGGACAGGCCCGCGUGCCGCUCGUCACCCCCCACAGUCGGGAGGAAGGCGGAAGAUCCAUAUGAAAUGUAAUCCGUUAGAAUCAGCGAUCCGUCAUUAGUGAUAGAACCUCAGCGUUCCUGGGGGCUAAGCCCUCCUGUAGCCGUGUUGUGACUCAUCAUUCGCUGUAGUGAGACUCAUGCAUGUGGUUCCACCUUGGUUCUAGUGUGGUUCUCCCUGUGUAGACGCAGGACCCUGUUCUGUGGUAUCGCCAUGUUGUAAAGUCUGUAUUAAUGACUGUAAACACUGGACUCUUCGGAACCAGUUACGGUCGUGUGAUCACCUUGAACUUUAAAACAGCUGAAAAGAUGAGAAUCCGCCUCCCUUUUCUGAUCUCGCGUCCUCUGUGAUGGUUUCAACACAAUCCGUCAGAAACCUGAAGUCAAAGCGUGACUCAAAGCGAGUGUUUGGUUCUGCUUCUCCAUCCCUCCUCGCUGGGUCCACUCAUCGCGAGGACUGGUCCCCCAGUGACACUGUGCAGAAAGCCUGCGCUGUGUUAAUUGUGAAGAGAACCCGGCUCGGAGCAGGGAACGGGGCCGGUCGCGUGUUGUAGUGGAACGUAGUGAACGUCGGGGUUCUGUUCAGGCCGUCGCGGCCCCUCUGUUCUGUCCCUGUGUGUUCGUCCAGUGUGUGUGUGUGUGUGUGUGUGUGUGUGUGUGUGUGUGAACUGAGUAGCUAUGUGUCUAAAACGUAAAGCACAGGUUUGGAGACUGAAGCACAAUGUAAAUGCACAUAACUGUUAGUGAUGAAGGUGUUUCUGAUAUACUUAAAGUUAAAUAUUGAAAACAUCUAAAAUACUGAGUGCAGCCGUUCUCUGGUGUGUUAUCUUCAGGGUGUGUACGUGGUGCAUUAUUAAGGAUCUGUAUCAUUGUGAUGUUUAGUGGCUUGGAUUGUUGUGUUACUGUAACAAUAAAUGUGGAACAUAAUGGCCCUUUGUCAGGCGUGAAAGCCAGGACAUUGUUUAAUUGUACUCGCGUGAAAUCAAAUAGUUACUUGAGCUACUUGCAGCUUUAUUAGAUCGUAUGUUCUGAUUAAAUGUUGGUGUCAUAGCAACAUUGACAUACAGAGAUGUAUACAGCCUCCAGGUAAAUACUUAAACACUACUACCUUUUAAAAUACACCAAUCAUUGUAGAACGGUGAUGUUUUUUUAUUUUUUCAUGUCGUGGUUCACUGCACUGUACAGGAUCAUGUAUAAAAUCAGAAUUCAUGGACCGAUUCAGAAACCUAAAUGAUUUAUGUCACUUGAUAUUAUCUACAUUUUAAAAAUCCAAAGUAGAGCUGAUCACUGUUUUUAUUUUGAAUCUAUUUACAAUCUGGAUGUUUUAUUGGCUCGUUGAUAAUGACAAUAAAUGUCAAUAUCUGUUCAUA